AUGGCAGCAGGUUUCACAAAUAUCCCAAUCCUUGACCUCGGCGAGGCAAGAGACGCCAAGACAAAGCCAGCAUUUCUCGCAAAGCUUCGCGAGGCAGUCCUAAGUGUGGGGUUCUUGUACAUCAACAACACUGGGAUAGAUCAGGCAUUCUUCGACCGCGUGUGUAAGGAGGGAAUCCAAUUCUUCGACUUGUCGGAGCAAGAGAAACUCCGCAUCGAGAUGAAGAACCAGCCAAGUUUCUUGGGAUAUUCAAGACUCGGAAUGGAAACGACUGCCAAAGCUGCGGACUGGCGAGAACAGCUGGAUCUUAGUACGCCACACGAGCUGAGAAAAGACACCGAACCAUUGUACUACAAUUUGUUUGGGCCAAACCAGUGGCCGGAUCCAGACAUGCUCCCGGACUUUCGUGAGGUCUUUGAGACGUAUAUGGAGAGACUGAGCGAGAUCAGCAUGGUCUUCACGCGGCUGAUUGCGGAGUGCCUUGGGCUGCAUGCUACUGCAUUCGAUCAAUUCUUCGAUGAGAAUCAGCAGCAUAAAUUGAAGAUCGUCAAGUAUCCUGAUCAUGGAACAGGAAGAGGGCAGGGUGUAGGACCUCACAAAGAUUCCAUGCUAUCGUCAUACCUGCUCCAAGCUUCGGAUCAUAAAGGUCUGCAAGCACAGAAUAGCAAAGGACAAUGGAUCGACGUUCCUCCAAUCCGCGGCACCCUCGUCGUAGCUAUCGGUCAAGGCCUCGAAGCAAUGACAGACGGCGUCUGUACAAGCACCACACACCGAGUACUCUCCCCAGAAGAAGGCUCCGGCGCUCGGUUCUCGAUACCUUUCUUCCAGGGCGUGAGCUAUGAUGCACAAUUCGAAUCAAUGUCGGUUCCGGAAAGUGUGAAGAAUCUCAAGAAGGAAAUUUUGGAGAAGGAGGGGCAAGUGGUAGAUCAGAAUAUUGAGAUGACGUUUUUGAAGGGAAAGUGGAAGCAUUUGGGAGAGGCAACGUUGGCGAACAGGGUCAAGAGUCAUCCUGAUGUUGGGGAGAAAUGGUAUCCAGAGAUGUUGAAGGCUAUUCGUGAGGAGCAAGCGCAGGUGGCUGUGGCUUGA